AUGCUCACUGCUGGCAAGCGCAAGGGUGAUAACGGAUACUUUAUUGCGCCUACCAUCUUUUUGAAUUUUCCUGAUGAUAAUGAUGUAGUUACCAAGGAGAUUUUGGGCCCGUUAUCACCAUCUUCACUUUCAAGACUGAGGAAGCUAUUAUCAGAGCCAACAACACCGAGUCUCUUCUCCUCCUUCUUCACUAGAGACAUAUUCCGCGCUCUUCCCAUCGCUAAACAGCACAAGAGCGGUACCGUGACCAUCAACUGCACAUCACUGCCAAGCCCUCGAUAUGGUGUUUAG